ACCGGUCCGGUUUUUGGGGACUAUCGUGAUUUCGUUCAAUUUUUUUCAUUUCAAAUAAGUUAAGUGUUUCUUUGAGAAUUUGAGUCUUAGAAAUAAUGUCCUUUGAUUCCUUGAUUGCAUAGAGUCAUAUAUAGAAACCAAUCAGUCUGAAAGUGUUGUUAGUCAAGAAUUUAUACUUAGAGAAAGUGAAUAUUGUGCACUCGUAGUAACCGUCGGCAUGACCCUCCCUUGAUCAGACGAAUGAGGAAACUUGCUCGUGAGGCUCGAUAUAGUGUGAAUUAGUGGUGUCCUUGGAAGUAAAGUUUAGUGUUAAUCGGUUCAUAAAUAUGAAACCCAUGCUGAGGAAGCUCAGAAGAAUUCAGACCGGCGGAGUGCUCCUUUGAAUAUUUUACCAGUGAUCGCGAGUCCUUUUCUGUCUCCUUCGACUGAUAGCGUGCAACAGUUUAUAGUACAGUGGGAGCGGUUUCAAAGAAGUUUCGAUAAGCCAAAGUGCAAACGUGCAUUGAUCGGACAUCUCCUUCGUGGUAACCAUGCCAGCAAAAGCAUCCUUUUAACAGUGCCGUCGCAAUUGUCACACUUUGAGUCCGAUAUUGCGAAAAGAUUGCAAAUAAAAAGAUCAAUCUUCAGCAAUCGUGAAACAACCAUAGCGCAUUCUUCGUUUAUGAAGCUGAACAGACGGGAAGGAAAAUAGCAACAAAGGAAACAUCUGAGCAUUGAGACGCAGAGCCAUAUCGAUUUAUAGGGAAUAAUAUUGGCUGAAAAAAAAAAACGCCAAACACCAAAAAGAAUAGAGGAAAAGUUGCAAGAUCAUUUCGAGUUCAAAAGUUUAAAAGUACGAUCACGAUCGUUCUGACUGUGUUCUGGUCUGGACCAUUCUUCAUCUCUGAUCUCUCCGUUUCAGUGCGGACGAGCACUGACUGUAUUACUUCAAAGUAUACUCCGUGCCGUAGAUAAAAUUCAUAAAUUGCGCACAAGCUCUAUUGUAGAUCGAUCACACAGACCAUUUCCAUUAAGGAAAUUGUCGAAAUCGUUCCUGGAUAAAUCAGGGAAACAGCGAGAAAUUCGGAGAAUACAACACAAUAGGACACAAUACAAUACAAAUGGAUGUUUUUCCAUCGUCAUGAUCAUCGUUCCAUCGAUUAUGGUCUUUUUCACCGACUAAAGAUCGAUCGCACUCUUGGAUAAGGCGAGCGCUUUUUUGCAGAUUUUAUGAAACGAUCACGUCGGUGUCACGGAACAACAGGCAUCAAAUCAUGUACGACAUCAAAUCGAUCGAGACUGGCGAAAAGGAUCAAGAUAUCGUAACUACAUAUUGCACGAGUAGUUCAGUCUCCACAUCCUCUUCCAUCGCAGAUUUCAGUACAACCGCGAAUAGUAUGUCACUACGUCGGCGAAGGAUAUUUCAGCGACAGGCCUGCCUUCUAAGCGUGAUGGCUGCAUUCUCCCUGGGACUCGCUCUGGGCGUCUUCGUCCCCAUGGUCGGCAUGUCGGCCGCUAUCACGUCAGAUCUCCUUAUUGAUCGUGUCAAUCAAACAGUCGAAGUGGAGAAGAGUCCUGUCGACGCGGAAGCAUUCUCGGUGUCGUUUGUCAAGGAAAGGAAGCUACCAGCGGAGGAGGUCUUCCGCAAUGCCUUUCACCUAGAGCAAGAUAAAAACGCAGAUGAUCUUAUGAUCGUGAAAAAACUAGAACCCAGUGAUGGAAGCAUUAAGGAAUUCAAGGUACAACGAACACCUGAUGGAUACUUUCGGAAAGGUCCUGAGGUGCGUCUGUCGAAACCUUCAUUGACGGAUCAGGUGCUGAGCGGAAAUGAACCGAAAAGUCGAAACCACAUAUCAGUGGAAUUUGUACCUAUUACCCCCAGUACUCCUAUGCAAGAACAUCCAGCAGGAGUGAUUGAUAACGACAUAUAUUGGGGUGAUGUUGUUGAGAGGAGUUUGCCCAGAGGGUUUAGUAAUGGCGAUGCAGACAAAUGGAACAAAUAUGUUAUGACAAGCUCAGUCAGUCGUCUAGAAACCGGCUGUGGGCGUAUGCAAAAUCGAAUGGUGGUAUUCAAAGAUGGAAGCCGAGCAUGUGCUCGCUACAGACAAAACACAGAUCAAAUUCAAGGGGAACUCUUUAGUUUCUACCUUGGUCAACUUUUAAAUUUGACAAACCUAGCACCGAGUGCAGCGUCAGUUAUUGAUCUUGAAACAGAGACGUGGUCAGGUGCAUCGCUAGACAUAUCAAAUGCUCAAUGGAAAUCAUCAAGGCCGGUGGUCUUAACAAAGUGGCUACCUGAUCUCGAACCUGCAGGAAUCCCAACUCCAUUUCAACCACUGGAACGGCAUUUGAAUAAGUUUGACGUUUGGAAUAUAACCGCUGAGCAGACUAAAACAAAUAAAGCUGUUGGACCACAGAAGGGGUUACUGGAUCGGCUUGGAGCGACCGGUGGACAACCGGAUGGUGACACUGAACUUGAAGCAGCUGGAUUCAGUCAAAAUGCUAGUCAAAGCCAAGGUUUGACUCCUUUAAACUCAACAGUUCUGAACCGACUAGUCGAGCUGGCGCAAUGGUCUGACUUGAUCGUCUUUGACUACCUGAUAGCGAAUCUCGAUCGUGUCGUCAACAAUCUUUACAAUUAUCAGUGGAAUGCAGAUAUCAUGGCAGCGCCAGCACAUAAUCUGGCACGUCAGAUAAAUUCACAACUCCUGGUUUUCCUCGAUAACGAGUCGGGACUUUUGCAUGGAUACCGGCUGUUGAAGAAAUACGAAGCAUACCAUGGACUUCUUCUGGACAACCUUUGUGUCUUCAGGCGACCUACAAUCGAGGCGCUCCGAUGGCUACGCGAUGACGGGGGCGGCGGUGGUGGAAGCGGCGGAGUCGAGUAUCAACUUCAACAGCUUUUCGAACGAUCGACAUCACCUCAACUGAGGGAUGUUCUGCCAUCGUUGCCGGAUAAAUCGAUAAAGAUCCUCAAUGAUCGUAUCGAUCGAGUUCUAGGUCAAGUGCAAAAGUGUCGCGAUCUUUUCGCUGAUAGAUAGUAGUGAUGAGCGAGUGGUCCUGAUUAGAUGUAAUAUAUUAUGAAGAUAUUAUAUAGUAGCAAUAGGGAACCUGUAUAACCUCACUGUUUAGUGUAAAAAAUGAGUCAAGUCGAGCGGAGAGCAAGAGUGACAGAGAGACGGUGAAAUGACUGUAAAUAGAUUUCUUCUUUCCUUCUGCUGCCAGUAGGUAUGAGCUUUUUUUGUUUGUAUAAAUAUUGUAUGAUUUUUAAUCUUAUUUAAGAUGAUUUUUUGAGAUGUCAUGCUGAAGAGGAAGGGCAGGAUUCCUUAGUCCUUUGAUAUGUCUGUCCUUCAGAGGGCGUGGUUUGAUUGCAGUCGGGUUUAGCUUGUGGUUCAACCCUAUUUGAUUUGCUCCUUUUUGAAGUUUGAGCCAUUUCGAGUCAAACCUAUUUCCAAAAUUGAUCUCUUUUUUUAGCCUGGGUACAGCGGUAACUUUCGGCCAAUAACUGGGGUCCUAUCAAUAGUCAUAUAGUAUGAGAUGCGCAACUAAGCACUCACUCUUUUCUUGAUGAAAAUGCAAUUAUAUUGCAAAAGAAGGGUCACCAGUGAAUCAAGGCACUACACAUCGCUAACUACAAUUUUUCUGCAUCUUUUUGACAGUAAAAGUGUCCAUCUUUUAAGGCUAUCCACGAACCAAGCCAUUUUUUCACGCCUUCAUAUAUGAGUGGAACUGCUGAUCACCCAGA